AUGUCCGAGCGAAAGCGGGAAAGCAAUUUUACCAAUGCAGAAAUUGAUUUAUUGUUGCAUUUAUGCAACACAAACAAAAAAAUAUUGGAAAAUAAAACAACCAAUGCGGUAACGUGGAAGGAAAAAAUUUUGGCCUGGGAAAAAAUCCAUACACAAUUUAAUUCUACAACCGAUGGUCCAUCCAGAUCUAUUAAAAACCUCAGAUCAAAAUAUGAUUCAAUGAAAAAAGAAGUGAGAAAAUCGGUUGCAAAACAAAAGAAGUAUGUUACUGGUACUGGUGGAGGUCCAUUCAUAAGUGAGGUAAAAUUAAGCCCUGCUUUGGAACAGUUGCAUCAAAAUAUAAAACUCAGCUCUGAUGGGUUAAUUUGCCAAUUUGACUCAGAUAGCAGUCAUAUAAAUUUAAAAAGUACUGAGGAAUUAGAUUUUUCCAUCAUGAUGGAAGAAAUAGAUGAUCCAUCAAUAUUAGAGGAAAAUAUAUUAGAUAAUAAUUCACCUACUAAUCCGACAGACACCAUACGAGUAAAUUUUAGUGAUUAUAAUGCUACAAUGCUACAGACUGGCAAGCCAAAAGAACUAAAGAGUAAAAUAAGCACAGACAUUGUUGUGGAUCAACUACCAACCUCCAGCGCAUCAUUAUUUGAAAAACUUGUAGAAAGAGAAUUGAAUUUAUUGGGAAAAAAAGAACAGGAAGAUACUAUUGAACAUCAACUACGAACUAAAAAACUUAAGUUGGAAAUCGAGAAAUUAGAAUUAGAGAUAUUGUUACUAAAAAAAUCUACUGUCUAA